AUGAUUUAUUCUCGUACAGUUAUUCUAUCAAUACGUAGAAGUGUCUCUCAUUUGAAAUUCUCAUUUCGUUUUUCAUCAACAACAUCACGACCUAUCUAUUAUGAACCAGUUUCUCGUUAUGCCAACCGUGUUGCCUUAAUUGAUCAUUCAUCGUCAUAUACAUACGGUCAACUGUAUUCUCUUUCACGACAACUUUCGCGUCGUCUUGUUCCACUUUGUCAACAGCAAAAGUCAACAGACGAUACUUCAACUAGACAUCACGUUCAGUUUGGCAUUCUCUGUCCGAAUGAUGCAUCAUUUAUUGUUGCAAUGUGGGCAUCAUGGAUGGCCGGCGCUACGGUUGUUCCACUAUCGUCCCAUCACCCACCUUCAUCACUGGCAUACUUCCUAACUGAUGCCCAGUGUCGAGGAGUUAUUGUUGGUAGUGAUGCAAAUAAUGAAUUAAUUAAGACGACAUUAAAAGGUAAUGCACAAAUUGAUCUACCGAUCAUUAAUAUAACGAAAAAGAAUUUGUCAACGGCGUCAUUGAAUGAGGACAUUAGUGACGAUCUUCUAUUAACGACGACAAAUAUCGAUCGAACGCAACGAUCAAACGCUCUGAUAAUAUAUACAAGUGGAACAAGUGGAAAACCAAAAGGGUGUGUGCUAACAUUCGACACUGUUCAAGCACAUGUUGAUUCGAUGAUUAAAGCAUGGCGAUGGACGAAAGAUGAUGUCAUAUUACAUGUCCUCCCUCUUCAUCAUGUACAUGGCUUGAUAAAUGCAUUGUUAACUCCACUUUACAUUGGUGCUACGAUUCUUAUGUUGCCAAAUUUUGACGCGUCAAAGGCGUGGGAACAUUUAGUUCAUCCUGGUUUUGAACAACAUGUUACCGUUUUUACUGCUGUCCCAACAAUCUAUUCCAAACUUAUCAAAGAUUAUGAAACUAAAUUAGCAUCACGUCCACAAACGAGAGAUUUCGUUCGAGAUCAAUGUUCACAUAUGAUUCGUUUGAUGAUGUCGGGCUCCGCAGCGUUACCGGAAAGUAUUCAGCAACGAUGGUAUGAAAUAACAGGACACACUCUUCUUGAACGGUAUGGAAUGACAGAAUGUGGUAUGGCGUUAACAAAUCCAUUAAAUGGAGAGAGAAUAUCAGGUACUGUUGGUCGACCGAUGCCUGGCGUUACUAUUCGAAUUGUCAAAGAAAAUCCCUCAUCGCCGCAGGGUUAUGACACAUUAGUAGAAGCUGAUAGUGAUAAUACCAAAGUUGAAGCUUCGAGUAAAGAAGAACCGAUUGAAGGUGAACUAUUGAUUCAAAGCCCAACUCUAUUCAAAGAAUAUUGGCGUAAAAGAAAUGAAACUCGUGCAACUUUCACAGCCGACGGCAGUUUUUUCAAAACCGGUGAUAUUUGUCGGUAUAUUCCUGGAAAAAACGUUUUUGCAAUUCGUGGUCGUCAAUCUAUGGAUAUCAUCAAACGUGCUGGGUAUAAAAUAUCCGCCUUAGAUAUCGAACGUGUUCUACUAGAUAACAAAAACAUUUCCGAAUGUUCUGUUGUCGGUAUUGAUGAUUCAACUCUAGGUCAAAAAAUUGUUGCUGUCGUCGUGCCGAAAUCUCCGAAUAAGACGGACGAAUUAACAACUGAUAAAAUACGUCAAUACUCAAAACAAUCUUUACCAAGUUACUCAUUGCCAGACUCCGUCGCCAUCCUCGAACAGAUUCCUCGAAACGCUAUGGGGAAAGUUAAUAAGAAAGAACUUGCCCGUUUAAUAGUUUAG